UGCCGCUGAACUGCUUUUGUAGAGCAGAUGUGAAUCAAAUCGCAGUCAUGGCGUUGCUUCUAUCGUUGUGCUUGAGUAACAUCUCCUAUACCCCUCAGGAAAUACCACAAGCUGACUCGGCCAUUCCUAAUGCACUCUGGAACGACUGUACAUGGGAGAGGAAAGUGGACUAUUCAAAGCCAUUACCCCGUAUGCUCUCUCAACAGUUCACCAGAGUAACUGAAGAAACAUGCAUAGAGAAAUGCAGCGAAAGUGUCAUCUGCAAUUACGCUAAUUACAACACUUAUACCCGAGAGUGUGAUCUUGUGCCUCGGCGGCCCUUUCAUACGUCUUUUCUGACUGGAUUCCGAAGACGAAAAGACAAGUGGGUCAUGAACGCAAAGGUCUGCCCCGUGGACAACUACUUGAAACGUCACGACGACCCUGAAGAACUUGUGAUGUGCCGCAUGGAGCGAAAAGAGAGGGUCCUUGAUGAAGACUACAUCUUCCAAUACAGCCGGUGGGGCAUUGAGGACCGAGAUGAGGCGGAGUAUUGGUGCAGGACGGAUCCCCUGUGCAAGGGAAUCUCCUACACGACUGACGGUUAUAAUAAUUACUACUGGCUGUUCUACUACAAGAUCAUUGACCUCAAUGGGCCAGCGCCUGUGAAAACAGGGAGCAGGAUGACCGACAAAGACAGAGCAGAAUUAGUGCUGGUAUCGAUAAAGAACUGCCAGCCAACCGCAUGCGCAUGUCUCUUCACCAGCUACAAGAACAAAGUCCUCACAGGAAAGCCGUUCGAGACCAUCAAGCGACCAAACUACCUCAGCAUAUAUGAGUGUGAACAGCGAUGUGAGGGAAACCUCUUGUGUUAUGGGGCGGUUGCGACAGAGGGAAGUUGGAGAAGAGGUGGUAGGGAGUGUAUGCUCUACAACCAGACCAGUGCGGGAGAUAUGAUUCCUUACGACCGCAGAAGGAGAUACUCCAGAACCUUUUUGAAAAACCAUUGUUAGGUGACAUUUCUGAGAGUGAUGAUGGAUGGUCGUUUUGAAUAUGCAUGUCAUUGCCUCUCAGAGGGGCACAAAAUCUCUCUCUGACGAUCUAUAUUAGCCAACAGAGCUUACAGCAGACCUUAGAUAAACAACGCAAGUAUUCUAUCUCUGACAAUCUAUAUCAGCCAACAAAGCUAAUCUAUUCCUUUGCAAUGUCUGCUACUCACAUUCCUUUUAAUGUUAUUAAACUGGCCCUGUCUUCAAAUGUUUAAAGAUAGGUGAAUAAGGCUGUUGUUGGGGACUUCCGCAUUUCCUCGACCAUUGAAGACGGUCCCAUCUCCUUUCUUUAAAUCAACCUGUGUACUAGUCCACAAGUCAAUGCAACCUACAGAAGAGGCUGGCAAUUACUUUAUUGGCCAGGUCUAUUUGGCAAGCCGCUCACCGAACAGGCAUCUUUUUUUGUCCUGUUUGGAGAGCCGCUUGCCAAACAGCACUAAAAAGCCACCCUGUUCGGCCAGCCGGGCUUGCCAAACAGGUAAAAAAUCUACCGUUUGGCGAGCUGGAGACUUUACAACACAUUAGCCAGAGAGUUCGACUCUCCAUUCAGGACAAGAAAAAGUCGCUGUUUGGUAAGCCGGGCUUGCCAAGUAGUCACUUCCUACUUUAUUUGAAGACUCUCUAACAUGAUGGAAGUGAAAGGUAUGAUGCUGGCGAGGGAGCACUGUCUUCAGGCAGUCUAUCGAACUAAAGUUCCUCGAGAAAUGAAAUCGACAAAAAGCUGUUUGGAUUGUCUAUCUAAUGGAUUUAUACUUCGAUUUUUACAUGAAUUAUGAUGGCACCCACAGCUUACAAUCUAUGAUGGGAUUUCCAUCAUAGAUUCUACAACGGGCUAUCAUAGAAUCAAUGAUAAGCAGAGAAUCUAUGAUGGGUGUUCCGAAGUUAAAUAUGGUUUGUGAUAAUCAUAAUGGAUUUUAUGAAGGAAUUCUUGCCUUUGACUCAUUUGGUGACUGGAGCUUUGACAUUUUAGACAAAGGCAUGGUGUUCUCCAUAUGUUAUAAAUAGACCAAGAUUAUCAUCAACAAAUGACAAAAUAGAUAGGACAAACAAAGAAAACUCCAUUCCCCAAACAUGUUAUCAUCCAAGUAAUCAGGCUAUUGUUUUCUGCCACAAAUGAGCAAAUAACAGAAUAAUGCGUAAUUGUUUUUUAUUGUGAUCCAAACGUCUGAAUCAAUAUUGCAAAUGUACAUGAACAAUACAAGGGGAUUGACAUGGAGUGAAGACUUUAAGCGAGAUGAACAUUUUCCAUUAUCAUCACUGUCAUUUACGUUUCCGUUUCUGAAAAUGGUGACAUUUGUUUUCUUAUCAUUUCCUCUGUUAUUGCAUUACAGCAUUAUUCUAUAAAAUCUUUAUCAUAAAGAUCAGAGUUCUGAUCUUGGUCGCUUGUGCUUCUGUACCACAUUAUAGAGGGCGCUUAUG